AAAAUAUUCGUAAUUAAAAUAUAGUCAACUAUCGAAAGUUAUUCCGUACAUUAGCACAACUAUUCGAUUAUUAUCUAAAAUCCAAGUCAUAAAUGAGUCAUAAACAAUAAACCACCUUGUACAAAGUUGUUUAAAAAAUAAGCUGGUUUCCAUAACUUCUACAAUGUUCAUAGACUACAUUUUAAUUUAUGAGUCAAGAAUGGUCUGAAGUUUUGCGACGACGUGCUAAUAUGUAAUAUGGCGUUUGUCGCGUUUUGUUGUUUAUAGCCUCGUAUGUUGUAAUAUGUACCUUCCUAAGUAGUAUUGUAGGUAGUUCGGCGGUAUAUUUUUAUUAUGGUUCGGCGUUGUUUCCAUCGAGGUGAUAAUUUUAAAUCGUCAGUGAUUGAAUAACCGUUUAUCUAUUUGAUAACAACAUGUCGAUACGGAAAUCGGUCAACUUGGUGUAAUGACGAUCGUUUUAAAGAAAAUCGUUGUCGUUUCGUAUGUUGUUUUGUAUUGUAGUCGUUGAUUGGACAUGAUUUUCGGAAAAUGCGGAUAUAUGAAGCUGUGCGCUACAAUAAUUGCCGUGACGACGGGUGUUUUCGUAUCGGUAGUGUCCGUUUUACAAUUUAGUCAUUUUCUCUCCGGUGUCCACUAUUAUCCGUCCGACAACUUACCAUCAGAUAUCCGUAUAUAUUAUAGAAUAAUUGUGAACUGGUCACUGGCAUCUUGUUAUUUGUAUUUGCCAUCGCUAAUUGAGUGUAUCGUUCAAAAAAUUGGGAACUUAUGUGGAUUGCCUGAUUGUUAUUUCAAGUUUAUCAAAAAUGUUCUACUUUUAUCUGCUUUAAAUGCUAUUAUUGCCUAUUGGCAGAAUGUUCCUGAGAUAUGUUUAUGGAAUAUAAACAUUCGUUAUGCUGAAAGUAUUCACUUUUAUUUGCAUUUUUCUUUGUGGAUAAUAUCAUUUCUGAUCAUGGUAGCAAUUGAUAUUACAGAAAUAAUGGGAAUUAAAUCGAUUUUAUACUAUAAUAUAACAAGCGGUAGUCGAUGUUCAUUUAAAUCCCAACAAUUCGAUACAUUUUUGUUAAAUAUAGGAUUACCAGGAUCUUCGUGUAUCAUAAUUAUUUUGUGGGCUCAAAAAGUAAUGAGACUUUUAUUGGCUGUGAUUUGGACACUUGGCAUUUUAUCGUGCAAUCAAACAGACGAUAAAGAUAUUAAAUACGUUGCCCGACAGAUUGAGAAAAAAAGAACAUGGAUGUAUUUUUCAGAAAAAAUAACUAUUUCGCCGUUGAAGUAGAAGUUUGUACUAAUAUCAUUAAGUAGAUUAUAUUUUUCAUGUACUAUGUGUCUAUAUCUAUGUAAUAUAUUUUAUUCUCAAUUAAACAUUGUAAAAACA